CCUCAGCCGCUCAGGCCGCGCGGGUGCUCGCGUAGGGCGUUGUUUGGUUUCAGCUCCGGGGUGGCGGCGGGGGCGGGGCGCUGAGCGGUCCGCCGGGGCCUGUCCUUCGCGUCCUCCCCGGGUCGCCUGCCCGCCUUCCUCCGCAGUCCGGAGCCAGGCGGAGCCCAGACCUGGCGGGGACAGCUGCACCCCCGGCCCGGCACCCAGAGCCUGCCGCCACCAUCGCCACCGUCCAUCGUUGGUACCGGCAAUGGCCUUCGUAUCGCCCGCUGUGCUUGUGACCGAUUUGGACCCAGAAUAUUGAGAACUCACUUCGGUCCCCAUCCCAGCCGUGCCCGCCCAGUUACGGCUUAGCUGCAGCGCCGCUAGACUGUCCGACUUUGAGAGCACCAUGGACCAGAGUGGGAUGGAGAUUCCUGUGACUCUCAUCAUUAAGGCACCGAAUCAGAAAUACAGUGACCAGACUAUUAGCUGCUUCCUGAACUGGACCGUGGGGAAACUAAAAACACAUCUAUCUAACGUGUACCCUAGCAAACCUUUGACAAAGGACCAGAGGUUGGUGUAUUCCGGCCGACUGCUUCCUGACCAUCUGCAGCUGAAAGACAUUCUCAGAAAACAAGAUGAGUAUCAUAUGGUUCAUCUAGUCUGUACUUCUCGGAGUCCUCCCAGUUCUCCAAAAUCCAUCACUAAUAGAGAAGAGCAUGAAGCACUGGCGUCUAGCACCAAUUCUAAUUCAGAUUACUCUGAUUCAACAACUCCAUCCCCCAGUCAAGAGAAUUUGUCAUUAGUUGCUGGUUCUUCAGAAGGAUUGAGGCAUCGUACCCUUCCACAAGCACAGACUGACCCAGCUCAGAGUCAUCAGUUUCCAUAUGUAAUCCAAGGAAAUGUGGACCACCAGUUUCCUGGGCAAGCUGUGCCACCUGGGUUUCCAGUGUACCCUGCUCUCAGCCCACUGCAGAUGCUGUGGUGGCAGCAGAUGUAUGCUCAUCAGUAUUAUAUGCAAUAUCAAGCUGCAGUUACAGCUCAGGCCUCAUCAAGUGCCAACCCAAUUCACCCCACUGCAUCACCGCCUUUAAAUUUGGCACAUGUUCCUGGAGAAGAGCCUCCACCAGCUCCCAACCUAGUGGGCCAAGAAAAUGGGCCCAUGAAUGAGAAUGUUCAGAUGAAUGCACAGGGGGGACCAGUGCUAAACGAAGAGGACUUCAACCGCGACUGGCUAGACUGGGUGUACACAUUCUCGCGAGCUGCAGUUCUCCUCAGCAUCGUAUACUUCUACUCUUCUUUUAGUCGGUUUAUCAUGGUAAUGGGAGCCAUGCUGCUGGUUUAUUUACACCAGGCUGGAUGGUUCCCAUUCAGGCAAGAAGGCGGCCAGCAACAGGUUCCUAACAAUGUUGACAUUAACAACGACGGGCAGAAUGCAAACAACCUAGAACUUGAGGAAAUGGAGCGUCUUAUGGAUGAUGGACUUGAAGAUGAGAGUGGAGAAGAUACAGGUGAAGAUGCCAGUGCAGUGCAAAGGCCCGGGUUGAUGGCUUCAGCAUGGUCUUUUAUCUCCACCUUCUUCACUUCACUGAUACCAGAGGGGCCUCCUCAAGUUGCCAAUUAGACCUGAAAACUGUGCCAGCUGAAAAAGAGGGUUUGACUUUAGGAAAGUGGUUUAAAUAACAGUGCAAUUUCAAAAGAAGAAAAUGUAUAACUUUCUUUUAAUGAUCAUGUACAGAGGUCUUUUCUUUAAGCUUCUCACGCAUAUGAAUAUUUUAAGCACAAAUGGACUACUAAGUGUGUGAUUUUUUGUUUGUUUGUUUAAAGAUUCUAACAGAGCAUAGCAUAACAGUACUGGUCUUCCAGUUUUAUUCAUUUCAAUUAUGUGUAGUGCGCCAAGCAGAACCACUGUGUGUUGUUUCUUUAAAGAGCUGCUACACCUUUAAAUGUCCAUAGCUAGAUAGCCAACCCUUCAGUGUGUACUUUGAAUAAAUAUAUCUAUUUUCUGUGAAUUAUCCUGAAAGUUUUAAACAGAAAUGACCUCAUAGUUUUUAAUAAAGAAGUUUAUUUACCUAAAAUGUGCUAGUAGCAUCUUGCCCACCCAUAAAGCAAUAAACUUCUCAAAAAUCUUAAUUUUGACAUUUGAAUAAAUGAUGGAAACUUUCUAUUUUAAGGACACAUGUCGUAUCAGUUGGAAUUAGUAUCUUAAAAGAAAAAAAAGGCAGCUCUUCAUUGGAAUGAAGUGAUACAAAAUGUUUGAUAUGGCAGUACUUUUAUAAACUAUGCUGGAAAUUGCCCCCUGUAAUUUUUUAAAUAAAAAGUCAAUUAUGAUAAAUA